AUCCCCAGAGAGGAGAAGCCAUGUAAAAAUUUGGAGUGUGGGGAAACUUUCAGUCAGAGCUCCUAUUCGACUUCCCAUCAACAAAAUCUCCUUGGAAAGAAACUAUAUCAAUGCAUGGAAUGUGGAAAGAGCUUCAGUCAGAGCUCCUCUCUCACUUCCCAUCAAAGAAUUCAUACAGGGGAGAAACCUUUUCAGUGCUUUGAAUGUGGAAAGAGCUUCAUUCACAGCCACAGUCUCACUUCCCAUCACAGAAUUCAUACAGGGGAGAAACCUUUUCAGUGCUUUGAAUGUGGAAAGAGCUUUAGUCACAGCCACAGUCUCACUUCCCAUCAAAGAAUUCAUACAGGGGAGAAACCUUUUCAGUGCUUUGAAUGUGGAAAGAGCUUUAGUCACAGCCACAGUCUAACUUCCCAUCAAAGAAUUCAUACAGGGGAGAAACCUUUUCAGUGCUUUGAAUGUGGAAAGAGCUUCAUUCACAGCCACAGUCUCACUUCCCAUCAAAGAAUUCAUACAGGGGAGAACCCCUAUCAGUGUGCGGAAUGUGGAAAGAGCUUCAGGAAGAGCUCCUCUCUCACGUCCCAUCAAAUAAUUCAUACAGGGGAGAAACCCUAUCAGUGUGUGGAAUGUGGAAAGAGCUUCACUCACAGCCACAGUCUCACUUCCCAUCAAAGAAUUCAUACAGGGAAGAAACCCUAUCAGUGUGUGGAAUGUGGAAAGAGCUUCACUCACAGCCACAGUCUCACUUCCCAUCAAAGAAUUCAUACAGGGGAGAAACCCUAUCAAUGUGUGGAAUGUGGAAAGAGCUUCAGUCAGCGUGCCCAUCUCACUAAGCAUCAGGGAAUUCAUACAGGCGAGAAGCCCUAUCUGUGUGUGGAAUGUGGAAAGAGCUUCAGGCAGAGCGCCAAUCUCACUUUCCAUCAAAAAAUUCAUACAGGGGAGAAACCUUUUCAGUGCUUUGAAUGUGGAAAGAGCUUUAGUCGCAGCCACAGUCUCACUUCCCAUCAAAUAAUUCAUACAGGGGAGAAACCAUAUCAGUGCAUGGAAUGUGGAAAGAACUUCAGGAAGAGCUCCUCUCUCACUUCCCAUCAAAGAAUUCAUACAGGGGAGAAACCAUAUCAGUGCAUGGAAUGUGGAAAGAACUUCAGGAAGAGCUCCUCACUCACUUCCCAUCAAAGAAUUCAUACAGGGGAGAAACCCUAUCAGUGUGUGGAAUGUGGAAAGAGCUUCAGUCAGAGUGCCCAUCUCACUAAGCAUCAGAGAAUUCAUACAGGGGAGAAACCCUAUCAGUGCUUUGAAUGUGGAAAGAGCUUCAGUCAGAGUGCCCUUCUCACUAAGCAUCAGAGAAUUCAUACAGGGGAGAAACCCUAUCAGUGUGUGAAAUGUGGAAAGAGCUUCAGGAAGAGCUCCAAUCUCACUAAGCAUCAGAGAAUUCAUACAGGGGAGAAAUCCUAUCAGUGUGUGGAAUGUGGAAAGAGCUUCAAUCAGAGGUCCUCUCUCACUUCCCAUCAAAGAAUUCAUACAGGGGAGAAACCCUAUCAGUGUGUGGAAUGUGGAAAGAGCUUCAGUCAGAGUGCCCAUCUCACUAAGCAUCAGAGAAUUCAUACAGGGGAGAAAUCCUAUCAGUGUGUGGAAUGUGGAAAGAGCUUCAAUCAGAGGUCCUCUCUCACUUCCCAUCAAAGAAUUCAUACAGGGGAGAAACCCUAUCAGUGUGUGGAAUGUGGAAAGAGCUUCAGUCAGAGUGCCCAUCUCACUAAGCAUCAGAGAAUUCAUACAGGGGAGAAACGCUAUCAAUGUGUGGAAUGUGGAAAGAGCUUCAAUCAGAGGUCCUCUCUUACUUGCCAUCAAAGAAUUCAUACAGGGGAGAAACCCUAUCAGUGUGUGGAAUGUGGAAAGAGCUUCAGUCAGAGUGCCCAUCUCACUAAGCAUCAGAGAAUUCAUACAGGGGAGAAACCCUAUCAGUGUGUGGAAUGUGGAAAGAGCUUCAAUCAGAGGUCCUCUCUCACUUCCCAUCAAAGAAUUCAUACAGAGGAGAAACCCUAUCAGUGUGUGGAAUGUGGAAAGAGCUUCAGUCGGAGUGUCCUUCUCACUAAGCAUCAGAGAAUUCAUACAGGGGAGAAACCCUAUCAGUGUGUGGAAUUUGGAAAGAGCUUCAGUCAGAGUGUCCUUCUCACUAAGCAUCAGAUAAUUCAUAUAGGGGAGUAA